CUGCUUCCGGCUCCGUUCGGCUCCCGUUUGUUCUUCCGGUGGCGAUGGCCGCGGCCGUGGCUGGUGUGCUACGAGGGAUUCUCCUGCCCCAAGCGGGCCGUCUGCCCAUCCUCCAGAGCGUGCGCCAUGGCUCCAAGGCAGUGACCCGACACUGGCGUGUCAUGCACCAUGAACGGCAGAAACUGAUGGCCGUGACUGAGUACAUCCCGCCCCGGCCGGCUGUGAACCCCAGAUGCCUGCCGCCUCCCCCCAAGCCUCCUAAGGAGGAGUCAGGCCUUGUCCGGCUCCUGCGGCGGGAGAUCGAGGAGGUGUUCCGUGACCACCGCAUGAUCGCUGUGUGCCAGAACGUGGCCAUCAGCGCUGAGGACAAGCUCAUCCUGCGGCACCAGCUCCGCAGGCACAAGAUCCUUGUGAAGGUCUUCCCCAGCCAGGUCCUGAAGCCCUUCCUAGAGGACUCCAAAUACCGAAGCCUGCUGCCCCUGUUCGUGGGCCACAACAUGCUGCUGGUGAGCGAGGAGCCCAGGGUUAAGGAGAUGGUGCGGAUCUUAAGGACGGUGCCCUUCCUACCGCUGCUGGGCGGCUGCGUAGAUGACACCAUCCUGAGCAGACAGGGCUUCCUGGAUUACGCCAAGCUGCCGAGCCAGAGGCUGCUGCAGGAGGAGCUAAUCGGAAGCUUCAGCCUCCUGCUGCACCAGACCCCUGCCCUGCUCCAGCGCCAGUCUGGCCAGCUGACGGCCCUGCUGGACCAGCACAUCAGACAGCGACAGGAAGAGUCGUCGCCUGAGACAGCCGGUGGGGAGCCGGGCCCUCGAGAGCCUGCCCUGGACUCCUAGCUGCCCGUGCAUCUGGCCUACCUGUGACUGUGCCAGCCUCUGUCCAUGACACAAACGAACUCGGCAUGGCAUGGGUGACCUGGCUUCUGUCAGUGGCCCCCUCCUUGAGUACAGGGCCUGCCACUCAGAAUACAGGCAGAGGCUGUCACUCUGUCUCUGUCCCCGCGUUCCCAGCUGGGGACCUGAUAGAUGCAGUCUCUUCCAUUCCCAGUUACACAGCUGGGAGGCUGCGACUCUUGCCCUGGCCUUCCGCCUCCUGGUCCACUGUUCCUUGCUGACGGCUCCCCACCCUCCUUGGGGGACCCAGCAGCCCCGGAAUCCCAACCAAGCGAUGGUGUGGAGUGGCUGGGUUCAGCACUGUAUAGUCAGUCCCUGGACACACAUAAGAAACAGGCAGAGGACAUAAAUGGUCCGUCCGAAAGUCAUGCAGGUAGCAGAGGCAGGACAGAGACAUGGGGUUACCCUCGAGGUCUCCAGUGGAAGUCGGCUAUGUCCCCUCCGGCUGCACCCGCUGCCCUAGGGCUCUCUGAUAAAGCAAAGCGCCUCUGCUGUGUCA